AUGAAAAUUUACUUUUUAAUUUUAUUUGUGGCCUUGCUGGGUGCACAAACAACCGAUGCUUUGUCAAAACGUCGUAAUAUUGAACCAGAUUGCAGCCAAUAUGAUGAUGGCGAAACAUUACCGGAUAGCAAUAGUUGUUCUAAAUAUUAUUUGUGCGUUGCUGGCAAAAGUUUAAAACAACGCUGUGCUCGUGGUUUGUACUAUGACGUAACGUCGGGUCUUUGCAAUAGAGCCUACCUGGUUGAUUGUAAUCUUAAUCGAUUGAGUGAUAACAUAGAUGAUAUUAUUAACUCAAGACCAAAUGUUGAAUUUGAUCUUCAUAUCGACAAUGACGAUGACAAUGGCAAUGAAGAGGAACCAAUGCCACCACAGCCUGUGGCUGCUACAACGCCUUGUACACCUACAACAACGCCUUGUACAACGCCAACGACAACAACAUGUACAACUACAACCUGCACUACGACAACUACAACCUGCACGACGACAACUACAACCUGUACAACGACAACUACAACCUGUACCACGACAACAACAACCUGUACAACAAUAACUACAACCUGUACAACGACAACUACAACCUGUACCACGACAACAACAACCUGUACAACAACAACUACAACCUGUACGACAACAACUACAACCUGUACCACGACAACAACAACCUGUACAACAACCACUACAACCUGUACCACGACAACAACAACCUGUACAACUACAAAGACGACAACCAGCACAACUACAAAAACGACAACCUGCACAACUACAAAAACGACAACCUGUACAACUACUAAAACGACAACCUGCACAACUACUAAAACGACAACCUGUACAACUACUAAAACGACAACCUGCACAACUACAAAAACGACAACCUGUACAACUACUAAAACGACAACCUGCACAACUACAAAAACGACAACCUGUACAACUACUAAAACGACAACCUGCACAACUACUAAAACGACAACCUGUACAACUACUACAACGACAACCUGUACAACUACUAAAACGACAACCUGUACAACUACAAAAAGCACAACCACUUGUACUACCACAAAACCACCUUGCACAACAACAGUCACUUGUACUACAACAAAACCACCCUGCACUACAACAAAACCACCCUGCACAACACCUGCUGCAACAAACACCAAUAAGAUUGCUGUGAAAGUUUAUUCGAACAGCAAGGACUGUGUCUCGUUGCCCGAUAAUACAUAUCUCGUAGAUCAUAGCCACUGUCGCCGUUAUCAUGUUUGCUUCAAUAACCGUGUCAAACAUGAAAGAUGUCGCCAUGGCAACUGGUUUGAUCCGGAUACACUCAGUUGUCGCCCACGCAAGGAAGUAACAAAUUGUGCAGCUGGACACAGUUUAGUUGUGGUUGUUUUACUACUGAACUUAUCUCUCUGUAACUGUAGUGAAUGCGAAGACAGUGCUGUUACCAAUUUCAUUGAAACUACAACACCUUCAGAUGAGCCAACCGAUGAACCUACUACAGUUCCAACUACAACUCCUACAACCACUCCUACAACCACUCCUACAACUACUCCUACAACCACGCCUACAACCACGCCUACAACCACUCCUACAACUACUCCUACAACCACUUCUACAACUACGACCAUAAAAACAACCACAACGGAUCCAUGUGUUACCACAACAAAAGCUUGUACAACGGAAUCAUCUACAAUACACCAAUCCAAACGAGUUCUAACCCUAAGAAAUUCAUCUGAUUGUUCUGCCUUAAAAUCAGGAACUAUUUUAGUGGAUGCUAAUCAUUGUCGCCGCUAUUAUAUGUGCUCUUCAGGCAGAACUAAGCAUUACAGAUGUCCCGCUAAUAAAUGGUACGAUCGUCAAACCUUAACUUGUCGUUUAAGAAAUGAAGUCAACAAUUGUCCAGCAAAUAGAAAUUGA